GUGGAGGACUGUUGUCAGAAGACAGGGCUUCCUUGACCAGACUGGCACAAUAGUUUUCUUUCACAGCUGCAACAACAGAGUCAUGACAUUUUGUUCUUGUGACCGGGCACUGCGCAAAUUCCCAAACCAACAGAAUCACAAUAGGGCACACACAGAGGUCCCAAUCACAGACAGGACGCUCUGAGAGCAGUGUACUUUCAACCUCAAGCUGGAUGCAAACGUGAAUGGUGGAAAAUGUUAUCAUUUGGUGGCUGCAUUCGCCCAUAUGUGAAGAGACGGUUUGCCAGGGUUUUCCAGCAUGUUUGGGAAGAAGAAGAAACGGCUGGAGAUCUCAGCCCCGUCUAACUUUGAGCACCGGGUCCACACGGGGUUCGACCCGCGGGAGCAGAAGUUCACCGGGUUGCCACAGCAAUGGCAGAGCCUGCUGGCCGACACCGCCAACCGGCCCAAGCCCAUGGUGGACCCCUCCUACAUCACCCCCAUCCAGCUGGCGCCAAUGAAGAUAUCUCCCCAGAAAGUCCGGUCGUCUGAAACGCCGUUGCCCAAAACCAUUGUUCGAGGGAACCGGCCACCCAAAGAUGCAUCUAUUAACGGCCUGCUAGAGGAGUUUGACAACAUUUCAGUGACACGCUCCAACUCCCUGCGAAAAGAGAGCCCACCGGGCGUCCAGCAGGCUGGAAUCAGCUCCAAACCUCUAGGCAGCGGACAUCUCGCCGCUCUAGAGGAGAAUGGAUUCAACCACUACUACUCCCGCUACUCGUGCGAUCUGGAUACCUCCAGCAGGGACUUUUCCCUGGAAGCCGGCAAGCCAAGCUUCUCCAUAGAUGGAGACUGGGCUGUUGGGAGGCAUUACCGGUUCACCAAGCAGAACGGCCAUUCCCACCCCAUCCGCAGCCCCUUCUACCCCGACGCCAUGCCUCAAAAAUCAGACUAUGGGAAGCUCCCGCCAGACUACCACACCUAUUUGGAGAGCAAAGGGCGCUCAGCCGAUGAGGUGGCCUCCACGGUUGGUAGCGGAGUGGGCUCCAGCGGCUACUACCGAGCGUCAGUUGGGGGCUCGUCCAGUCAGGACUACCGGGACACUUCGGUUGGCACGCCUUCCCGGGCCUCUCUCCACAGCGAGCAGAUCAACUACCCGGACAGCGAGUGGAGCUAUGGCGGCUUGAGGGACGAAUAUGACAAGAGACCCAAGAGCUCCUACGUGACCCAGACAAGCCCGACACCAGCUAUCAGGCAGCGAUCUCGGUCAGGGUCCGGGUUGCAGGAGCAAAAUGUUCCCUAUGCCGCCAGCGGGGCUUUGAGGAACCCUCCUCAGGCCCACCCUUACAGCUCCUACACCUACCCUCGCCUCUCCGAGAGUCUCGCCAAUUCGCAAACGAUAGGCAAGGGGGAUUAUGAGCGUUCAUUGCGUGACGAAAGUCCCCAAGUCGCAGGUGGCGACACCUACCUUCGAGGGCCUCUCAAGCUACCUCAGAGCCACACCAAACCACCUGGCUACCCACCAGCACACCUCCCUUAUCCCCCCAUGUUUCACCAUUACAAGCCCUCUCCGUACCAUCAUCCCCCCUCCCAGCCCAGCCCACCGUACACCCCGCAGGGGGCCUACUCGCAGCCUUCAUCCCCUUACAUACCCCCAGGGGCUUAUCCUCCUCCUUCGUGGGGGUCAAGCUCCGACACGCAGCCUUCCAGAGUCUCCCAUGAGCAGUUCAGAGCUGCACUCCAGCUGGUGGUCAACCCAGGCGACCCUCGGGAAUACCUGGACAACUUCAUCAAGAUUGGCGAGGGCUCCACGGGGAUCGUGUGCAUCGCCAGCGAGAAGCACAGCGGCAAGCAGGUGGCGGUCAAGAAGAUGGACCUCAGAAAACAGCAGAGGAGAGAGCUGCUCUUUAACGAGGUGGUGAUCAUGAGGGACUAUCAUCAUGAAAACGUCGUGGACAUGUACAACAGUUACCUGGUGGGAGACGAGCUGUGGGUCGUCAUGGAGUUCCUGGAGGGCGGGGCGCUCACCGACAUUGUGACUCACACCAGGAUGAACGAGGAGCAGAUUGCCACGGUGUGUCUGUCGGUGCUGAGAGCUCUGUCCUACCUGCACACACAGGGCGUCAUUCACCGAGACAUAAAGAGCGACUCCAUCCUGCUGACCAGCGACGGCAGGAUCAAGCUGUCAGACUUCGGCUUUUGUGCCCAAGUUUCCAAAGAGGUGCCGAAGAGGAAAUCUCUUGUGGGCACUCCCUACUGGAUGGCACCGGAGGUCAUCUCAAGAAUACCUUACGGGACUGAGGUGGACAUCUGGUCUUUAGGCAUUAUGGUGAUCGAGAUGGUAGACGGAGAACCCCCUUACUUUAACGAGCCCCCUCUGCAGGCCAUGAGGAGGAUACGAGACAACCUUCCCCCACGGCUAAAGGAAUCCCACAAGGUAUCGUCGGUGCUGCGGUCCUUCCUGGACAUGAUGCUGGUGAGGGAGCCAUCGCAGAGAGCCACUGCCCAGGAGCUCAUCCAGCACCCGUUCCUCAAGAUGUCCGGACCGCCGUCCUGCAUCGUUCCCCUCAUGAGACAUUACCGCCAUCGUUGAUCUCCUGGCCUAAUCGCGUCCUCUUCCACACUAAAAAAAACAGCAAAAAAUCACAUGCUUACUCACCCCCCUUAAGGGUGGCACCGCCUUCACCCAGUCAAAACAACCUACUGCGUGAUGGCCCGCCACUAACACCUGUAACCGUAAACGUAGAUUAGCUCGAGGAAUAUUUAAGAAGUAUGUUUAAAAAACACACGCACACAGAAAAGAAGAAGGAGAAGAAGAAGGAGAAGGAGCUAUCGGGACGUUCUGUUGAAGCGUGAGCCGGUUCGCGACGCUGCACUCUUCUUUCUUCCCAGACUCAAGAGUCUCCAGCUGCACGUAGACUCAUAGUAGCCAUCAGCCUUCCACAGCUUCUGAAGGGUGCGCUGAGUUGCUGGCGAGGCAGAAGGACCUAAGUGACCCCCACUGCUCCAAAGCAGAGCAGCAGAGGGCCAAACAAUCAGUGUGAAGAGAGAGGCUUCUGACCGCCAUCGGUCCAUCAUUUAGAGAGGGACAGGCUGCGUCCUAGCAGCCGAGGCUAGCUCCGACAAGGUCACUCACAUCCCUCUCUCUUCCUCUCUCUCUUCUCUCUCUCUCUUUCUCUCUCUCUUUCUCUCUCUCUUUCUCUCUCUCUCUCUCUCUCUCUCACACACACACGUCAAAACGCGAAAAUGUAUUUUAGAAAAACCUGUAACAUUUUCUGUACAGUUUUGAUAAUUUGCAGUAUUUUAUCGUGUCGUAACUAUUGUGAUAUGAGCAGUAUUAAAUAGAAUUUCUGCAGAGAUCUUUCCUACUGUUUAUAAUCCAGUUUUUGCUUAAAGAUAUAAGAGAUAUUCCAAAUAAAUCCAGCUAAACCUAACUGUUACUAAAAGUACUUAAUAUAUUUAUGAUUUCAACAUUUGUAGACAGAACUUCCAUUAAAUGUUUG